ACUGAUGCGUUUCGUUGUUCUUGGUCCGAAGUCCACUCGUUUCAGUUUUCAUGCUAGUAGUGCACGUGGAAAUUCCUCGUGAUAACAAUAAGGAGAGGAGCAAAAGAUACACGUCCUGCUGAUCAAUUAUAAUAACAUUCUGAAUCAUAGUUUAAAUCAUGUCGUGGCUUUUCGGAUAUCGUAACGCGCAACCACAAGAUUUUUCACAAUUCGCACAACCACCGGCAUCCGGCGGUGCGAUUGGCGGUGGAGAUGAUUUUCAUCAUCCACCACCGAGAACUCAAAUGGAACCUUAUCGAUUUGAUUCGACCGCUUUGGAAAGAGCAGCAUCGGCUGCUAAGGAACUUGAAAGAUCCGCACACGCAAAAGAAGCAUUGGAACUUUCGAAAUUGCAAGAGGCUACUAAGCAAAUGGAAAGACAAGCAGAGGUAAAAAAAUAUGAAGCAGGCAUAGAGCAAAUGAAAGCGGAACAAAAACGCGUAGAAGGAGAAGAGAGGAGAAAAUCCUUACAAGAAGAGACUAAGCAACAUCAAAUGAGAGCUCAGUAUCAAGAUCAACUUGCAAGGAAACGAUACGACGAUCAACUGAUACAGCAGCAAAGAAUGAACGACGAGAAUUUGAGGAGGCAGGAGGAAUCUGUAGCGAAACAAGAAGCCAUGAGGAAAGCUACGAUAGAACACGAAAUGGAAUUGAGGCACAGAAAUGAAAUGAAAAAGUUGGAAGCAGAGGUGAAAGCCAAAGCGAAAAUAGACAGAGAGAAUCAAGAUUUAAACUUAGAACAAAUUAGAGUAAAAGCAUCUGAAAAGAGAGUGACGGUAUUGGAAUCGAUAAAAACCGCUGGUUCGGUGUUAGGCUCCGGUAUGACAGCAUUCCUACAAGACUGGGACAAAAUUCUCGCUGCCACCGGAGGUUUAUCUCUGUUGGCUUUCGGCGUCUAUACCGCAAAAGGCUCGACGGGUAUAGCGGCACGGUACAUUGAAUCACGUUUAGGAAAACCAUCGUUGGUUCGAGAAACGUCUAGGUUUACGGUUUUGGAUACGUUACAGCAUCCAAUCCAGGCGGUAAAGAAACUAAAAAGUAAGCAGACCGAUGCUCUGUCCGGCGUUGUGUUAGCCCCAAAGCUCGAGGAAAGAUUGCGCGACAUAGCGAUAGCUACAAAGAACACUAAACAAAAUCGUGGAAUGUAUAGAAACAUACUGAUGCAUGGUCCUCCUGGUACUGGUAAGACUAUGUUUGCUAAGAAACUAGCCGAACACUCGGGUAUGGACUAUGCUAUCGUAACCGGUGGUGAUUUGGCACCGUUGGGUCGUGACGGUGUUACCGCAAUUCAUAAGGUGUUCGAUUGGGCGGCAACGUCUAGAAAGGGUCUCCUACUUUUCAUCGACGAAGCCGAUGCCUUCCUAAGGAAGAGAUCGAGCGAACAUAUAUCAGAAGAUCUAAGAGCAAUGUUGAACGCGUUUCUCUAUAGGACUGGCGAGCAGAGUAGCAAGUUUAUGUUGGUACUCGCCUCGAAUACACCGGAACAAUUCGAUUGGGCCGUAAACGACAGAUUAGACGAGAUGGUAGAGUUCCGUCUACCAGGACGAGAAGAACGCGAACGUUUAGUUCGUCUUUACUUUGAUAAAUUUGUACUUCAACCGGCGAUCGAAGGCAACAAACGAUUAAAAGUAGCGCAAUUCGAUUACGGUAUGCUUUGUAGCAAAGUCGCUAACAUGGCCGAGGGAAUGUCCGGCAGAGAGUUGGCAAAGUUAGCUGUUACCUGGCAAGCAGCAGCGUACGCUUCCGAGGAUGGAGUGCUGACGGAACAGAUGAUCCUAGAUAAAUGCACAGAGGCGAUUAAACAACACAGACAGAAGGUUCAAUGGCAGAGCGAACAAGAAAAGCAAGAAUCAAAGUCGAUUUAUGCCACUGAAAAAGAACUGGAUGUUAAGCCUAUAAAAUCUAAACCUAUGAUUGAAGCCGCAACUCCAGAAGCAAGUUCCGUCGCAACGGCUUAAUUAGUAAGCAUCGUUGCAUAAAAUUUAGCAAAUAUUUUACUAAAGAAAUUAGUAUUAAGUAAUUACAAGAACGGUGUAAAUGUUGUUAAAAGAAAACGUGUACAAUAUUGAGUUGUCGUUUUCUGUCUAAUGCGCGCGUGUAUAAAUAUUAUAGAGCAGUAAUGAAUUUGUUAGUAAUGUAAAUUCGUAGCUUGAUUAAAAUUUUUAAACAUACACACGCACACCAGCAAUUACAGUCAGAAAGAAAAAUGGAUAAGACAAAAUUGCAACUCGAUAGUAACGUGUUAGUGUGUGUAAAAAAAAUGACUUAUAAUUUAAUUGAUAUCAAUUAAUACCUUAUCCAAAAAUCCAUACCUUGACCUUCAUUUUUUAAAUCAUUAUACUCUCAUAACCAUCAAUCAUAAAAGCAUACAUGUUCAAAUAAUUUGACAAAAAAUAUUUAAAAGACAUUGUGUAUUCUUUCAUGACGUUUAAUAAACAUGUAAUAUUUUUUC